GGUCUGUGCUCAACGUCACAUGAACUAUAAAUAACAGCGCCACUUGCAGCCUGACAAAGUAACAUGGUUGCAUUAUCCGUACACAUGGCUCAAGCUGAGACGGUCGAGUUUGGCGUGGAGCAGGGACAGAUGCUGCAGGUCUUGAUGCGGCACUGCCAGACCAUGAAGCGUCAGGAGACACGACUGCGUCUGGCCACCGCGCUGCUGGUUGCAACAAUCUUCGCGACUUUGGUGUGGAUACAGUUUCACCAACAAAAUACUACGGAAGCAUUCUCAGGCGCUCGUCAAACGGCUUUGAAAACUACAGAUUCACCAAUAGGACACUCUGUUCAUCUUAAACCUUCAAGACAGAUAAAUGCUUGCUCAGAACCACAGUCCAUCGAGUGGGAGGCCGUGGAUGAUGGCUAUGAAUCCCAAAAUUUCGAGCUGAAAAACCAAACAGUUCUCCACAUCUCCACAGAGGGCCUGUACUUGAUCAAUCUGAGGAUCUCUUACCGUACAGCCUAUGGCCUGUGUGAGCCUGGUAAAGAUUUCGUUUUAGUGGUCAGGGUCACACAGUAUCAUAGAAACUAUGAAAGCGAGAGAGAGAUCAUAAGUGCUGAGGAGUCUAUGAUUUGUAGAGAUUAUUGGUUUCAGUCGAUCACUAUGAAUCGAGCAAUCAGGUUAGAAGCUGACACUAGUCUCCGGGUGAAAAUUAACCAGAAAAGUUGCACGUUUGUCAGCUGGACUAAAAACAGUCAUUUGGAUGUCACUUAUGUCUAGAGUUGUUUGUUUUUUUUGUUUUGUUUUUUUUAACUUCCCGAUGGCAUUAAUGCAUAUUUGAGAUUAGUUAGAAACAGCAUUAAGCAGGUGUUAAUUUUUUUUAAUGACCUAAGCUAUUUUUAAGGUGCUUUAAGAAAUAACAAAAUGUUUAACCACUUGGUUAAUAUAUUCAGGUUUAUUGAGAGGCUUACUCUCAUUCUUUAUGUUGAAACUGUUAUUAAAUAACAUUACGACCCAUGUACUAUCCACAAAAGAUGCAGAUUUUGAAUAUAGUUGUUAAGUGCUGUGACAGCCAAAUUGCACCAAAAUGUUGAUAGCAGGUGAAAUUAUGUGUGUGUUUUAUGUUAAAACUUUUUAAAUGUGCUUUUACGAACUGAUUCAUUAAGAGUUGUUUGUCAUUUGAUUUUAAAAAUCAGGUCUAUUAAAUUUAAAUUAGAACCCAUCCUGUUCAUUGUAUUUACCUCUAGGUGGCAGUUGCAUACAUAUGCAUUUCAGAAUGUAACAUGAUUUUGUGGUUCACUCAUAAAUCUGUAGACUUGUCUUGAAAUUCAAACAAAUAAUAUGUUAUUUCAAAUAACUGUUUCAAAGAUUCAAUUUAUAAAGCCACUGUCAAUGAUUUAAAUGUAUAUCUAGAAACAACAAUGCAAAAAAAAAAAAAAAAAAAAAAAACUUACAGAAUACACAAAACACCAUGUGUUUAUUUCAGGUCACUUUAAUUAGCUCACGAUUGCCUGUGUGUGUCUCCUUGAUUACUGGAUCAGGAAACAUGCUGCAUUUUCUCUGUACUGCAUGAAUAAAAAACUUGUAGUAUAAGAGAA